CCCGUAUUAAGAAUGAGAUGGAUGAAGGUCCACGAGGAACGGUUAGAUGUGGAAAAUGCCACCAAACCGGCCAUAAUAGAGCGACAUGUGCGAAAAGAUCGUCUAGACAAGAGGGGGGGUCCGCCGGGCAUGGAGGUGAUAGCGGAUCCUGGGCCGAGUGAUCGUUCUGUCCUGACAUUGCAGGCAUCGCACAGGAGUGAGGAUGUUUGGCUUGGCAUGGAUGUCCAGGUUGAUAGGUGCCGCGAGCACCUGCGGGGUUUGUCCCAUUUACAUGUCGACCCCAGAGUCCUAGCCUAUGUUCGUGCUGCUGGUUUUUUUACACUGCACAGAUUAGUGGCUACUGUGCCUCUUGAUAGAUCCCUUCUCACUGCUCUACUUGAGCGUUGGAGGCAGGAGACCCACUCAUUUCACCUCCCUGUUGGUGAGGUGACUGUGACAUUGGGAGAUGUGGCUGUACUCACCGGGUUAGAGGUUCAUGGGAGAGCUGUUACAGGCACUGCUUGUCGACAGUGGGUUGAUGAGUGUGAGCGGUUGUUAGGUAUCCGCCCCGUUCUUAGGACUGACCUUCAGGGGUCAUCUCUUAGGAUGCCGUGGUUGAGGGAGCACUUUCAGGUCCUUCCUCCCGACGCUGAUGAGGUUAUCAUCCAGCAGCAUGCUCGGGCGUAUAUAUUGAUGAUGAUGAUGGGAGCCUCCAUUUUCGCUGACAAGAGCGGAAAUGAGGUUCAGGUGCUACACUUGCCUUUGCUGGAGAGGUUUGAUGUAGCAGCACAGUUCAGCUGGGGUAGUGCCACCCUGGCUUAUCUAUACAGGCAGCUGUGUCGCGGAUGCAUCAGAGAGGGAGCACAGAGCUGGGGGGAUUUUUGCUACUCCUCCAGAUUUGGUCAUGGGAGUAUAUCCACAUUGGCCGUCCCAUUAUAGUCGGAUAUCAUGGCAUUGAUGGACAGCCACUGCCUGAUGAGCCUCCACGUCUGCUAGGACCACAUCAUGUACGGGGCGAGGACCCUCUAGGCCGUCGGUGGCUAUAUGCUGGUCUAUCUCGCAUGUCAUCCGCUACUGGGCUCGGUGUCUACAGGGAUGCAUUGGAUCGGAUGUCUGAGGACCAGGUCACAUGGAUGCCGUUUAGACCUGAUAUGUUAGCAGAGUUGCCCCCAGCUGGACGAGAGCAUACUCACAUCUGGCGAGCACGUGUCCCGUUGAUAUGUUUUGACAUUGUUGAGCUGCAUUUGCCUGAUAGAGUCAUGCGACAGUUUGGGUUUGAGCAGGUCGUUCCACGUCCUAUCGACACUUAUGUACAGCUGCAUAAGCUGGAUAGGCGUGGGAAGCAUACAGAGGAUUGGGCACUCAGACAUGUCCGAUACGUGACUAUGUGGGAAAGGAGAGCUGAGCUAGCUGUGGUUGGGACACCCACAUAUGUGCCAUCUGUUUCAGGAGACUACAUGGGAUGGUACUACAGCAUCACUCGGUUAUUUGUGUCUCCUUCGUUCAGACUCCCUACUCAUCAUUAUCAGCCUAGCUCCUUGGCUUUGCAUCUUACGACACGAGCUUUGCAGCGCAUACAUCAGCGGGCUACUGCCACUGUGACUGAUAUUCCUGAUGUGGACAUGUAUGGACAGGCUCUGACAGGCAUUGCCUCGUUGUGCUCAGAUGUGUUGGGCCGAGUAGACUACGGACAUCUUAUACACAUGCCCCCAUCUCAGGAGAUGGCAUCCACGUCUAGUGCAGCCGCGGCUUCAUCAUCCCAGACGCAACAUGAGAGAGUGGUUCUUCAACCACGACAACGCCGUAGGCGUAGACAUGAGCAACAACAUCUCCAUGACGAAGCUGACGAUGGGAACUUGUAGUCUGUCUUUUGUAUUGUAGUUUUUCUUAUGCAGUAGAUGUUGUAGGAACAAUUUACAACAUUUGACGUAUUUUAUCUUGUAAAGUCUUGUAUGUUGUCUUGAUGUGUUCGAGUCUGAAUAUUAGAUGAUUACUUGUUAUGAAUAUUGAAUGAUUGUACUUUGUUAUACCGGUUAUUUUGAAGGUGUUUUUUAUGUUGAUGAGAGGGG